AUGCAGAUGGCACAAUUCCAUUUACCGCCAAACCUGGAUCUGACCGAUGGUAAUCUUGCUGAUAGUUUUAGGAAAUGGAAGCGUCAAUUGGAAGUCUACAUGGAAGCUAGUGGAGCUAAUAACAAGCCGAAACAGCGACAAACAGCGAUCAUUUUACAUUGUGCUGGCCCGCAAGUUCUCGAAGUCUAUGAUCAUUUCCACUUCGAAGCCGACGAUGACAAGACCGAUCCAGCGAAGAUCCUCGAAAAGCUUGAAGAGUACUGUAACCCGCCAGAAAACGUUAAGAAUCUCAUAGAAAUUAAUAAGGUGGUUACGUGACUCGUAGUUUUGUAUUCCGUUAUUUAAUAUUAAGUGCAAAACUAUCUAUUAAAGACGUAAUCAGUAAAACCAGGGUAAGAUUCUGUGUUAAUCGCUAGAACACAAUUAUAAUUAACGUCAUUUCAUACUGAAAUGUACAAGUAAGUCUUAAAUUACAAUUGCUGAUUGUAUAUAAUCAUGUGUCGUAAACAGAAUUCUUACUUUGUACACUUGUAACCUCGGUAUUUUGCAGAUACGUUAAAGAUCGCGCUGAGUGUUGAAAAAAAAAAAAGCUUGAAGAGUACUGUAACCCGCGAGAAAACGAAGUUCUCCAAAGUUUUCGGUUCUGGAACAUACCAUUCCACGAGACUUUUGAUGUGUUCCUAACAGAGUUAUAUUCUCGUGCCGCCUCGUGUAAUUUCAAGGAGAAAGAACGAAUGAUCAGAAACAAAAUUGUCUUCAGUGUCUCCGGUAAGCUGCAAGAAUUAUUGCUUCGUGAGUCAAACCUAGGCUUGAAGAAAGCCAAAGAGAUCUGCCGCGCCUUCGAAAUUACUUCACGAGCUAAAUGGGAAAUGAGUCCACCAAGUGAAGGAUACCUGAUUGAUAAAAUAGAGGCACAACAUUAG